ACACAGCAACUGAAGUUUCCCUGUUCAGUUGAAGAUUGCUAUGGUGUAACUGAAGUUGUAUUUCUCCCCCCACCUCCCCACUCCCUUUCAUGUUCAGUCAGAGCAGUAGUGUAGAUUUGAUAGAAAUUGCCAUUCUCCCGUUCCUUGGACUAUCUGAACCUGUAGAGGAUACCACAGCAAUGCUGGACUGCAGCGACUACGUCCUAGACUCAAGAAUGAACAAUCCGUCAGAAACCAGUAAACCAUCGAUGGAGAGUGGGGACGGGAACACAGGCACGCAAACAAAUGGCCUGGACUUUCAAAAGCAGCCUGUGCCUGUCGGAGGAGCAAUCUCUACAGCCCAGGCCCAGGCCUUCCUUGGGCACCUUCAUCAGGUCCAGCUCGCUGGAACAAGUUUACAGGCUGCUGCUCAGUCCUUAAAUGUACAGUCUAAAUCUAAUGAAGAAUCUGGGGACUCUCAGCAGCCAAGCCAGCCUUCCCAGCAGCCUUCAGUGCAGGCGGCCAUACCCCAGACCCAGCUCAUGCUGGCCGGAGGACAGAUCACUGGGCUCACGUUGACGCCAGCCCAGCAACAGUUAUUGCUCCAACAGGCGCAGGCCCAGUUGCUGGCGGCUGCAGUGCAGCACUCAGCCAGUCAGCAGCACAGCGCUGCUGGUGCCACCAUCUCGGCCUCUGCUGCGACGCCGAUGACGCAGAUCCCUCUAUCUCAGCCAAUACAGAUUGCACAGGAUUUGCAGCACUUGCAGCAGCUUCAGCAGCAGAAUCUCAACCUGCAACAGUUUGUGUUGGUGCAUCCAACAACCAACUUGCAGCCAGCACAGUUCAUCAUCUCACAAACGCCGCAGGGGCAGCAGGGUCUCCUGCAAGCGCAGAAUCUCUUAACGCAACUACCUCAGCAAAGCCAAGCCAACCUCCUGCAGUCUCAGCCAAGCAUCACCCUUGCCUCGCAGCCAGCAACCCCAACACGCACAAUAGCAGCGACCCCCAUUCAGCCACUUCCACAGAGCCAGUCAACACCAAAGCGAAUCGACACUCCCAGCUUGGAGGAGCCCAGUGACCUUGAGGAGCUUGAGCAGUUUGCCAAGACUUUCAAACAAAGACGGAUCAAACUUGGAUUCACUCAGGGUGAUGUUGGGCUCGCUAUGGGCAAACUCUAUGGAAAUGACUUCAGCCAAACUACCAUCUCUCGCUUUGAAGCCUUGAACCUCAGCUUUAAGAACAUGUGCAAGUUAAAGCCACUUCUGGAAAAGUGGCUCAAUGAUGCAGAAAACCUCUCAUCUGACUCAACUCUCUCCAGCCCAAGUGCCCUGAAUUCUCCAGGGCAAGGGAUCGAAGGCUUGAACCGUAGGAGGAAGAAACGCACCAGCAUAGAGACCAACAUACGUGUGGCCUUAGAGAAGAGUUUCCUGGAGAACCAAAAGCCUACCUCGGAUGAGAUCGCCAUGAUAGCUGACCAGCUAAACAUGGAGAAGGAGGUGAUCCGCGUUUGGUUCUGUAACCGGCGCCAGAAGGAGAAAAGGAUCAACCCACCCAGCAGUGGUGGAACCAGCAGCUCGCCCAUCAAAGCAAUUUUCCCCUGUCCAACCUCACUGGUGGCAACCACGCCAAGCCUUGUGACUAGCAGUGCAGCUACAACCCUGACUGUCAAUCCCGUGCUCCCUCUGGCCAGUCCUGCUGUCACCAGUCUGUCAGUCACAGGCACUACAGAAACCACCUCCAACAACACAGCGACAGUGAUUUCAACAGCACCUCCGGCUUCUUCAGCAGUGACAUCACCCUCCCUGAGUCCUUCCCCUUCUGCCUCAGCCUCCACUUCAGAGGCAUCCAGUGCCAGUGAGACCAGCACAACACAGACAACCUCCACUCCCUUGUCCUCCCCUCUCGGGACCAGCCAGGUGAUGGUAACGGCAUCAGGGUUGCAAACAGCGGCAGCGGCCGCGUUACAAGGAGCUGCACAGUUGCCUGCAAAUGCAAGUCUUGCUGCCAUGGCUGCUGCAGCAGGACUAAACCCAGGCUUGAUGGCAUCCUCACAGUUUGCAGCUGGAGGUGCCUUACUCAGUCUCAAUCCAGGGACAUUAGGUGGUGCUCUCAGCCCGGCCCUGAUGAGCAACAGUACACUGGCAACUAUUCAAGCUCUUGCAUCUGGUGGCUCUCUUCCAAUAACAUCACUGGAUGCAACUGGAAACUUGGUGUUUGCCAAUGCUGGAGGUACCCCUAACAUCGUCACUGCCCCUCUGUUCCUGAACCCUCAGAACCUUUCUCUGCUCACCAGCAACCCAGUUAGCUUGGUCUCUGCAGCUGCAGCCUCCGCAGGGGCCUCUGGACCAGUCGCCAGCCUUCACGCCACCUCCACCUCAACCGAGUCCAUCCAGAACUCUCUCCUCACCGUGGCCUCUGCCAGCGGGGCCACGUCCACCACCACUACUGCCUCCAAGGCACAGUGAGCUGGGCUGGGCUGUGCUCAGCAGCCUGGGUCACUGUGCGCUGGGAUCGGCUGCCAGCCCGGUCGAUGAACUGAAAAUGCCAUGGGCAUCUCUCACCGUGUUGCUGGGGACGAGAGAGAGAGAGAGAGAGAGAAGGAAAAAUAUUUAAAAAAACAAAAAAAUACAAAAAAAAAGGAGAAAAAAAAAAAAAACAAAAGCAAAACAGGAAGGAUUUAAAGCUGGGACAGACAUUUGCCUAAUUUUAUAAUAAACACUGUCUUUUCAGGAUCGCUUCAUGGAUCGGAGAACUUUCUAACCAAAAAUGUAAAAAAAAAAAAAAAAAAAAAAAACCACAAAAAAACUAAAAACCACAAAAACACAAAAAAAGUGAAAGGACUACUUAUCAUUUCCAGCAGUCACAAUGACAAGUUAAGGUGGGUUAUCAGUUCAAACAUAGGAAGGGGAUUUCUUGGUUUUUUUGGUCUAAAUAUCUUUCUUUUUUAAUUAUCAUUUUAUAGGUCUGUUGUACAGGCCAUUAUGUCAUACAAGGUGUUUAUAAUCGUAUCAAUCAUGUUGGGGGUUCCUUUCUUAACUGGUACAAUUUAGGCAGGCCUGUAUUACUGGUGUAUCUCUAUUAUUAUUAUGAUUAUUAUUAUUAUUAUUAUUUUUAUAUAUAUAGUUUGGACGCAUUUGUCUUUUGCUCCUGGAUUAUUUUCAGCGAGCUCCCACACCAUGGGGGGAGGGCGGGGGGUGGAGAGGAAGAAUGGAGCACAAAUAGACUUUCUGUCCUAAUCUUCUGGGAAAGUUCUGAACAGUUUCCUCAUCCUUGAAUUUGUCUAAUGCCUACAUGUAAGGGUCAGAAGAAUUUAUGUUCAACAUUUGUGCAGGAAGCUCAGUGCAGCAGCAGAGAUCAUUUUGUGCAAACUUCCAGGUUGGUUUCUGCUUUUCAAGCAGAGGUAGGAAUUAGCUCCAAACUGCCAUUCUCCUUCUCUCAAAUAUUUAGAUAAAAUGGCCAAAUUCUGCUCUUAGCUUCGUGAGCUUGGUUCCUUUAAGUUCAGAGAGCAGGAUGUGACCUCCCAAGUGUGGAUUGUGUGACAAUACUGAUGGCUCUUCUGUUCCAGUGAUUUUGUUUUGCUGUGAAAGAGCACACACAGAUAUUUAAAAAACAUCAUGACCCAGGAUAAUUGGCAGCAUGUGAAGCAGCAUUUACAGUCCUAGAUACCCUCUAGGUGAGUUGGUACUGAAUUUCAGAAGGUCACAUUCUCCCCAUUCAUAGCAAUAUUCCUUUUCUGAUGCUUCCAACACUAUUUAGAAGAGCUUCCUAGUUGGGAAAAAAAAAAAAAAAAAAAAAAAAAAAGUGCUUCUGGCUGCAAAAGACAGAAGCCAGGAAUAUGGGAACAGAAGGUGCCAUUGUUAAUGCCAACACAACAGAGCCACUCUGGGGCUUUGCACACCCCGGGCUGAUCUUGUGUGGUCUCUGAGCUGCAGGGUGAGAGUGGCAGUCAGCCAGGGCUGGCCUGGCACUGGAACUCACUUUUUAAGGCUGAUCCUGAUCUGUGGAGCAAAGGAUAUUUUUGUGGAUGAGGAAGGAGAAAUGAACUGUACAGAAGUUAGAUCCGUAUAUUCUUAAAUAUACAAUCUAGUAUCUGAACCAAAAAAAAAAAAAAGAUUUUUAAAGAGAGGAGACUGGAUCACUGCAAUGCAGUUCACGUUGAACUUUCCAUUCCUGAUGGAUUUAAAGGUUUCUGCCAUGUGUAUAAAACUAAAUUACUUUUAGCUAGUGAGGGUAUUAGAAGAGUCCCUUUCCCACCGACCCCCUUUACUUUUGUCACCAGAGUGUCCUAAAACAAUGAGCUGAUGCAGCUAUGUUCAUUUUGUUGAUGAUUCAGGGGGAUCCUGGAGCUUCUCAUCCAAGAUCCAGAAGGCAGCAACUUUAAACUCUACACAUGCUUUGGUUUGUGGCCUGAGCAUGUGGGAUUUGUGUUUGCACUCAAGUGGCAGAACCCCUUAUCUCUCCCCCCACCACCAUGGUUUUGCUCUGUUCAUCUCUAACUCUCCACCUUCCUAUUUUACUGAUAUUUAAACCAAUUACCCCUGAAACUUCAAAACUAGUGAACUGCAAGCAGGGAAACUAACAAAUGUCCGUCCACCGUUUCUUAUGUGUUUUUGAUUUUUUUAUGUUUUAUUUUUUUAAAACUAAGCUUGAACCAAAGUCAAUUUCUAGCAAGCUGCUGUACUAAUGGACUAGUUUGUGUAAGUGCAGUUCAGAUGCAGAGAGGCGAUAGAUGCUACUGACAAUUUCUUUUUCAUUUGUCUUUUGUUUUUAUUAAUUUUAUAUAAAAGUUGCUGCUUGUUUUUAAUCUUUUUUUUUUUUUUUUUUGGUUGGUAAUUUGUGUUAUCCUUGGGGCAGACUCUUAACUUGAUUUUAAUUUGUUUUCUUUUAUUUGAUGUGUAAAUAGAAUGGCAAUGUCAGAGGAUUGUUAAUCCAAGAGGUCCCACCUUUACCCUCCCCCCAUAUGGAUGAAUCUCAGUAUUUUUGAUGUGUCUCUACGUCUUCAGGCCGUGCAGGAGACUUAGGGCUAUGAGUAAUACUGCAAAAAUGGCAGUGGCCUACAGUAAAAGCUUCAGAGCAGCAACAAGUACAGCUGGGUGAGCUUCAGGGAGGUAGGGAAAAAGUAGAAGAGAAGAUGCUGGUACCCACUGUGCUGGUCUGGAGGCCACAGCACGGUCUGUAGUUUUUACCAAAGGAAUGCAAGUCCUUGGACUUGUUUUGAGUGAAGUAAGAGGAUGGGGAAAACGGCAGCUGUAGCGUUUGUUCCUGACUCUGAAAGUUCCUGCUUACUUUCACACCUGUGCAAAAGUACAAUUUAUCAGGAAGCUUUUUUGUUAGAGGGGGGAGACCACUGGGCUUGUCUCCGAUGGAUCCCUUCCUCCCCAAGGGUUUUGUGGUGGGUGGGGGGCGUGGUCCUUGCAGAUAUCUAGGAAACACAAAGAAAGGUGGGCCUUAAAUCAAUGGAAAAUCCUCUCUCCACAGUUCCAGGAGACUGUGCCAUUAGCUGUCUGAAUGAGUUUUCAUGUCCCAUUCUUGCUGGUUUGUGGUUGGGAGAGGGUCUUGUUGAGUACAUAUCUGGAACACUAAUGCAGCUUGGAUGGUUUAUUUAUUAUAAAAAUCUGCUUUUUUUCCUGACUACCUUUGCAUUGGUCACAUGGCUUUGGUGUGAGCACCUUAUACCCCUUUACCCUCCUCUUCUCUACCCCAUCACCCUAUCUGGGGCCCAGAUUCCAGGGAAUUUCUUGGCAAGUUUUUUUCUGAGAGAAACUGGAAACUCAGAGUAGCUGCAUAUCCAAAAAAGCUUGGUCUUGUUUGCAGAAGCUGACAUAAUACCCAAACAGCACAUAUCCCAUGGCAUCCAUUGCCAGUGUGCUCUGGUUCAUUGAUCCCUAAAACAUCCCUGACUGUUGUUCCUGGAGCCUAUCAUCCCUAUCGUCUUUUUUCCUCAUGGAUGCUGGCUACCUCCAGUGUUUAGGUGAAAGACAGAAAUCAGACUGGCAGUGAGUGUACAUCUGCCAAUUUAGAGCACAUGUGCUCCUUCAGAAAAUGAAAAGAAUGUGAGACCAGAAUUUAGCAGAAGUUUCCUUUUAAAAUCAUCAUCAUGCUGGCAGCAGAAAUUGAUGCAUCUGAAACAAUUGUUUACAGACCUAGGAAAUAUGAUCACAAGAAGUUUGGUGGUGUGUUGGAAAAGGAUAAUAGCAUCUCUUUUUCAGAGUUCCAUGUUCUGUAUUUAAAGAUGAGAGGGUUGCUUUUCAUAGUUGCAAGCAUGUCUCAGUACCCAGACAAGAAAAGAGAAGGUGAAAACCUUUCCCUGCAGACCCAAAUAGUUCAAAAAGCAGAUUUCCAGGGACACAAACACAGAUAUGCCCGGAAGGUCAAAAAUAAUUUAGAGAAUGGCUUCAGGAAUUGGUCUUGUAGCUUGUGAUGACAUUUUUUUCUGAUCUUAAGAAAAACAUGUUCUGCUUUAGCACACUUUGGCUUUAGCACACUUGGUCUCCUAGAACCCACUGUCCACAGUCACUGUGGAAGGAUUCAUGAACAGCCCAAAGAAAGCACACACUGCUUACAAUCAUUACAUCUGCUUAGAUUUCCUGCAGAGCAGGGGGGCAGGAGCUGGGCUCUCCUCUACUCCAGGGGUCCUCCAGAUGCCUUGAAGUUCCUUCUGGGAUACCAGAACUGUUGCCUGGAAAGGCUGACCUGGAACAGAGACUAGAUAGAGCAAAAGGAAUAAACCAGGAAUUUAUUGAAAGGAUUCACCUCCGGCAGUGCAAGAAUUGGGUUGGGGCUACACCAAAUCAAAUCCAAGAUAGAUCCCAGUCACGAGCUCUUACACUUUUAUAAGUUUUGGUUCAUCCACAUUGGGGUUAAUUAUCCAACCACAGCCCCAGGCUGUGAAUUCUCAGCUCCCUGGCUUGCCCCCUUCCCUUCUCUGUUUAUACCUUUUGGGUACCAGUUGUCCUUGGUUCUCUAGGGAAGGGAUUGUUUUGUCACUACCCUGUGAAGAGAACUUACCAACACCUAAUAUGAAGUUUCAGAGUUACACACCAAGCAGCAGAUAAUCUGAAAAAUAUAAAAGCUAAAACCCAAGGCAUCAGUUUUGGUUUUGAGCUACUGUACAACAUGUGUUAGUUGAAGUAAUUUUUAUUACUAGCUGUGAGAUGGUGUCGAUGUGCACAUAAACAUCUCUUGGAACUAUGACCUAAUGUUCAAAUGCCACCUCUGUAAGCCUCACACAGGGUCCUUUGACACAUUUCUGCAGUUGAGUUAGUGAAGGAGACAGGAUGGUUAAUUCCUUAACCCUGUGCACAUGCCUGCAAAGCAGAGUUCCUUAAAACAGGAAUUCCCUCUUUUUUGUUGUUGUUGCAAAUGGAGCAGCACAACCAUUACAGCUGGAGCCAUACCACAGAUACUAAACCAAAACAACAUCUAAUUUACCUUAAAUAUCAAUUCAUAUUUUCUUAGAUAAAGAAAUAAUAUAAAUAUACAAAAUUAUUUUAAAGAGACAGGUAACUUCUCAUGGUCAUAAGAGUGUUUUAGGACAGAUAAAAUAAUGCAUGGUCCAAACUUUCAAUGAUACUUGGUUUUAAACUGGAAGUUUAAAAUAUAGAUGUUUUUAUUGCCACAUUAGCUUAUGAAGAUCACUAUUCCCUAUUCCUGUUUUGCCUGAAAUGGUUAAAUGCUAUUUCUCCACACCCUGUACCCCAGCAGGGCCUGUCUGUCCCUGGUGGAUGUUGCCUAGCGUGGAGUAUUACCAAAGGAAUAAGCUGACCUGCUGCCCCUCCCUGUAUUUAUGGUUGUCAGUUCCCACACAGCCAACUCAAAUACCUUUCUGUUUUUGCAGCCAGUACAUCUGUCCUCUCCCUCCUGAAGUACUAAAGCAAUAUAGAAUUCAAGAUACCUACCUUGCACAAGUUCUUCCCUUCUCACUCAUUAAAUCUCUUGUUGCUGCUUGUUUCUCUCUUCUUUCUAGAGGAGAGUCCCCUAAAAUACUUUGAAGAUAUUUGACAGGGGAGAUUUUGUCAAAAAAUUGUUGGCUCACAAUUCAGUUUCUUAAGAUGCUCAUAUCUUUGUCUCCACAAUUUGAGUGGUACCUGGUUCUCUCUGUGUCAGUGCUAGUAGUUUCAGUGCUUUUGGAACAAUGAAAAGCAAUUCCUCUAUUUGCAUGUCUUCACACAUGGACACAGUAACGCAUGGGAAAAAAUUUAUUUUUUCAACUUACCUAUAUCUGCAUUUGAUCUGUCUGCCACUUCUCCCAGGAUUCUUCAAGUGGGAACAUACUCUGAAUUUUUACCUCUGUUGGGAUGCUGUUAGGAGGGUGUUAGGGAGAUUGCACUGAAAUUACAAAUAAUUUAACUGAGGGAGAAAAUACAUCUUUUACUCAAGUAGAUAAGGUCAGCAUGUAGAACGUAUCAAGUACUUCUUUUCCGACCAAAUUCCUAAACAUGAAGCAGCUACUGAGCUUUGUCUUGGGGCUGCUUUUAGGUCCAUCAGUGCUAAGAACCGUCCAUAACUGGAAUAAUCUGGGCCCCCUUUCUCCCUCCCUGUCUCUGUCCCUCUGCCUCUUUCCCUCCUUGCUCCUUCCCCGUCUUCCCUCAGCAAAAGGUAGCACCAUACAGCUCUGAGAACAAUACUUGUGGGUAGCAGCUGGCUUCUGGCACCUUCAUAAAAUACCUCAGCAUAGCUUAGCAUUGUCGCAGAACUGGUUUUAAACUGAAAAAAUCAGAAGAGAAAAGCAAACUUUAUAAAUAGUGGAGAUAAUUCUAGCUGUAGAGUUUAGUUGAACUGAUGGUUUAUUAUGAUUGAUAAACAUGAUUAUGCUGUAUGUAUUUGAGAUCCUGUUUAUAGGUUAC